AUGCCCUCUUCGGCGCCGGCGUUCGGCGGGCUGAAUUUCGGGACGCCCUCGUCGACCUCGGCAUUCGGCACGCCCUCUUCGGCGCCGGCGUUCGGCGCGGCUCCUUCGCCCUCGCCCUUUGGGUUCCAGCAGCAGGCGACGCCGUCCCCGUCGCCGUUUGGCUUGCUAGGAGGUGGCGGCGCGCAAAUCACCACCCAGAUGGCCCCCGUUGCUCCGCUGCCGCUCUCCCCGUCCGACCGCGACAUCCAGGCCAUUGUCGAUGCGUACAAGGAGGACCCCGGUAACCCCCGUUAUGCUUUCAGGCAUCUGUUGUUCAGCGUGACAGAGCCUUCCCAAAGGGUGAAGCCAGUUGCUGCAUCAGAUAUUAUUUGGGCAGAAGCAAUGGGGAAACUUGAAUGCAUGGAUAGUGCAGAUAGGGAGAGGCUCUGGCCUCAGCUUGUGCAGGGUUUUAAAGACCUUUCCCAUCGCCUUAAGCUUCAAGAUGAAGUCCUUGUUUCAGAUACUGAUAGAUUGAGCAUGACUCACUCUAAUGUUAAAAAGCUGCAAAGGCAUUUCCAAGCUGACACAUAUCCAUGGAUCCAGCGAUUGAAGCAACAAAAGCUGGUUAUUCAGAGACGUCUUUUAAGGUUUGUUAGAAUAGUGGAGGCGUUGGAGAAUCGGGGUUACCGCAGUCCUUUAACAAAGGAGGAAGCUGACUUGUAUGAAAGAUUGGUUGCUAUAUUAAAGCGGCUAAAAGGACCUAGUGCUGAUCUGUCUAAGAGGGUUAAUACACUUCUUUCGACGACACGUCUUCUGGCUAGCACUGGUGGUGCUGGUGGUUCUGUUUAUAUUCCUAGUUCGGCCAAAGUUGAUGAACGGAGUGUUACAGAGCUUCUUGAGGCCUUACAACUACAAACAGAGGCAGUUGCCAAGCUAGGUAAUGUGUUGAAGAGGGAUAUCAGGGACCUGGAGAUCAUCCAGUCAGAAGACACGGAUAUGGCUGAAGACUGUGUGGGGAGAAGGGCACAGAAAAUAUAA